AUGACUGCCGCGCCGUUCCGCUGGGCCAUCACGAGCGCGGGCAAGAUCGCCGCGGACUUCGCUGAGGCCGUGCGGCGCCUCGACGGCCACGCCGUCGUCGCCGUCGCCGCGCGGAGCCGCGCCGACGCCGAGGCCUUCGCGGCGCGGCACUGCGACCGCGGCGUGCAGUGCUACGGCGGCUACGAGGCCAUGUUCGAGGGCGCGCGCGACCACGGCGCCGACGCGACCUACGUCGCGACGCAGCCCGACACGCACGCCGAACUAGUGCGGGCGCUCCUCGCGCGGAAGAUGCCGACGCUCUGCGAGAAGCCCCUCGCGGCGACCUUCGCCGAGGUCGAGGCGUGCUACGACUACGCGGCGGCGCAGGACACGUUCCUCAUGGAGGGCGUCUGGACGCGGUGCUUCCCGGCGACGGUCGAGGCGCGAGCCGCGCUCCGGUCGGGCGCCGUCGGCGACGUCGUCGCCGUCCAGGGCGAGUUCGGCUAC